UUGAAGUUAAAACAUGCGAAUAUUUCUGUAAAUUCGAGUGUUGGCUUCACCUUGCAGCCAGGAAUCGUUAGCUGCUUUGAGAGAAGUCCAAUAGAUAAUAAGCAAACAACGAAGAAAUCCAAGACAAUAGAAGAACUGAAGAAACAGAUUGAAUUUCUUAAGCAAUAUGUUUAUAAACCAAGAACGAAACUUCAACAAGUGAUAGAGAGUUUAAUCCAACGGUGUAAGGAUUAUGCCGAUUUUGAUCCAUUUAUAUCGAGUGCUCAGCCAUCAAACCCGUGGAUAUCUGACGACGUCACGCUCUGGCAUCUGAACAAUGACCUAGUUAAAACGCCAACAGAGAAACGAGUUAGGCGGUGGGCGAUUUCACUGGAAGAGCUUUUAGCGGAUCCCACCGGAGUUGUAGAGUUCGAAGAGUACCUGAGAAAAGAAUACAGCUACGAGAACAUUCUCUUCUGGAAAGCCGUGCAAGCGUUGAAACAUGGUUCCCAGUCAGAUGUUCCUAACAGAGUGAAAAAUAUUUACGAGUAA